CUUCCUCAAUUGGCGCCAGUUCGGGAGGGCAGGAUACAUGGUUCCCUAGGCGGCCUGCGAAGCCCCUUGUGCUUCCAGAAUCGGUUCCAUCAGGGCGGAUUGCCUCAAUAAUCAAAAGCCGACCCCUCCACCCCACAACAGAGAGGCCGGGACCAUGUCCCUCGAGUGGUCAACAAGUGGAGCAAGCCCACGCUCUUACACAGUAGACUCACACCACUACGGAUACGACUCGAGCAUCGGUGACGCGGAGACCGAGGGACGGAGAGACAAGAGAGAGAUGGCUUGGUGGGAUUCUCACCACCCUCACCACCGUCUCCUCGACGGUUCGCCGCGCUCCAAGACUCGCCUGGCCAUGGGCGACGCCUUUCCCCGGCUCGAGCCUGCACACGCGGACCGACACAUGGACAUGGAGCGCGAGAGGGCGUUGCUGUCUCCCGUCUUCGAGGAGCAGUCGGGGCCACCCACGGCGCCGGCGCCAGCCCUGGUGGUGCACGUCGACAUCCGCUUCACCGACCCCGUCAUCCGGUCCAGAUACUGCCGUAACUAUGGCAGCUCGCCCGGGUUCCAGGCCACCAACAAGAUAUGCCGAGGCCUCGUGCGCCGCAUCGAGCGCUGCUCCGAGGAGCUCAUAACCCGCAAGGACUCGGGCGCUCUCGACCUGUUCAAGGGGGACACGUAUGAGCGCAAACCCCAGCGGUUCGAGAUGACCUUCCGCGUCGUCAGGAGAGGGAAGGGCGAGUGGGCCGAGAGAACCUACCGCUCGUACCAGAAACAGCCCCUGACCGUUGCGCACACCAGGGAGGUUACCCUGGCGGUCCAUCGGAUGAUUGGGCUCUUUCUGCGUCGCCACGACAAAGACUUCCGAUGGCUUGACUCCCCGGUACCCGAGGCGGACUCGGACCAGAGCGAAUCCGCGUCCUCCUCAUUCGGGGACGGGUCGCUUUCGCUUCUGUCCGUUCCCGCCUCUCGCUUCAUCGAAGCCACCCAGACCUUCGAGUCCUUGCCGGGGUAUAGCAUCGACCUCUGCUUUCGGAGUAGGAACCCGCAACGGCAGGUCCCGACCUUCGAGAGAAGGACUAAGGUCACGAGCACGCAGACCACGCCGUUGACUCUCCUCAUGAGCGAGGAUCUGCUCUGGAGAGUCCUGCAGUUCGCCAACCAGGGCUUGGACGCGAAGAGACGAGAGCUGGACGAUUAUCUGCAAGGCUGCAGACUGCCAGAUCACGAUCACGCUCACCCGGAGGACGAGACGGUCGAGCUCAGUAUCAGGGUGGUCAACCGCCUCGGGCCGGCGCACGAUCCUGUACAGAAAAGCAUCAGGGGCAAGUUUGCGCUGUUCCGGCACCCAGAGGCCAGAGACUGCGAGACCUUCUUCUGCGAACUCGAGAGGCAUCUCUCGCGCGUCAGGGACGAGGCCGAUGCAACGCUGAACGGCUUGAACGACUUUGAACUGCGCAUCGUCGAACUCAAAGGUGUCGGCUGGACGCUCCGGGAGCCGGCCAAGUUCACCGUCGGCCCAGAAGCGUCCUACGGCCGCCGCACGAUCCGAGCAGCACUGGACCGCAUCCAGACCGGAGUCGGCGACGUCAUCCGCGGGCACAACAUAGCCAUCCACAUCGCCGCCCACAAGCGGGGACACCUCGUCUUGGACAAGGCCAUCGUCGCGCACGAAAAGCGCGGAAGACCAAAGGAGACGUUUGCUUCGCACGAGGACGCACAAGAGGCCUUCGUUACCAGGCUAAGAGCCCGAAUCCAGAAGGACAUCGACAAGGUGUUCGAGGACUCGUGCUCCAUUGACGACAUCCCCGAGGAUGAGGACGAUUACUUCUCUGCUCGACCCAUCACGCCGCAGCAGCCCGAGUCGGCCGUCUUUGACGGGCCGUCGCCGAGAUGCUCACCCUCGUCCGUACGGUCCUCGCCGGCGAAGCGGCCCGCGCUCGCCAACUUGCAAGUUUCACCGAGGCCGCGCGCCCAACGAGUAUUCUCCCUCUCUCGACGGUCCACGGAAUCCGUGAGGUCCAUCGAUUACCUCACGACGGCACGCGAUGGAUCCGUGCACGGCAGUAGCCGGCCCAGUUCCGUCGCCAGCGAACACGUACCUCCGCCGCAUGAGCCAGGGCAGCCGGAGUCGCCCUUGCCCGACACCCGAGGGCUAUUGCUCGCCGCUGCGGAAAUCAAACCCACCCGGGCCUUCUCUUUGGUGUCGCGGAGAUCAUCCGUGGGGACCCGAGUCAGUAGCGCCUCGACUCUCGCCGAAGACCACCAGACCGUUGGCGCCAAGGGUUCUGGUCACCAAACCGUUACGGAGACGACCCUGGAACAGCAGCUUCCCGAGCAGCUUCCCGACAGGGGCCAAGCCGUCGAGUCCAUGACGUCGAGCGACGACGGGCCGAGCCUCGGGCCUAGUCCGUUAGGGAUCUCCUUUGGAGAAGCCACACCAGUUGCCAGCUCAGCUACCGCACCCGCGGAUCAGCAAGCCGACGCACGAUCAACGGAAAGCAAGCAUGCACCGCCGGUUUCCAGCCCGGGGACUUUCGUCGAUGCUCAGGAGAAUGUCGGCAGUUCGAUGCCCGGGAAAGACAUCAAGUCUAACCUCGCGGGUGCUCCGACUGGGCUCCCAAGAUCGAGAGUCGACGACGACUUCUCAACUGCUCCAUCGACCCCUGAGCUGAGCACGGGUUCAUCGUCACCGAGGCAGAGUCUCCCGAUAACGCCGGGCGACAAAGAUGCCGUCCUUCGACACGUAUACCCGGAGUCUGAGCCCGAGGGUGGUGUGGUCCAGCUGCAUCCAGAGACUGUCCCCGAACCGGACUGCAAAGAAGACGGGAAUCGCCCUGCGGAGGACGAGUCCCCCGAUUGCCAACAAGCCUCGCCACAGUUAGCCGCAGGCCAGAGCCUGACAGCCGAAGAACCCGGACAUGCUCCCGGUGAUGCAAGCACGCAACGCAUGCCAGGAGAUCCCGCCUCGGAUUUGUCGCGCCAAACACCACCAGACGCCGUCUGCCAACAAGGACACACAUCACGCCCUUCCACCCCUUCCCCUGAGCACAAACUCGCAGGCUCCCCAGAAAAACCUGAGGGCCAAUCCGAGGUUCAAACCACGCACCUCGGGGCCGAGCUCGCCGCGGGGCCUGACGGUCGUUCACCCCUCGCGUCGUGCUUCCCCACCGCCGAGUCCGAAGUCCAGACAUCGGACCCGGGUCAGGAGCCGGCCCACGCCUCCUCGGAGUUGCCUAUCUCUAGUAGCCAGGGCGAACCUGUGCAAGGCAGACUCGAGUCGCCGCUCGCGCCCGAGGAACCUGAUGCCCACAGGAGCGAACCAGCGGCCGAGGACAAGGCGAUGGGAAAUGGUCCGGACGACGUCACCGGGGCGUUAGUCGCAGGUGAAUCGAAAGCGGCAGGCGGUCCCGAACCGGCGGCGGUUCUGGUCGUUGCCGAGGUCGCGACGGGGAUGGCUCAUCCAGGAACCGAGAGCUUCCUUGAGCCCGGCCAAGUGGAUGCGAAUGGGGAACAGGUACCGAAGGUCGUCGACGCCUGGACCGAGGUGGACGGUAUAGGAUUGGCCCCCGGCAAUGAGGUUGCUGGCGGACCCGAACCUUCUGCGACGGUGCAGCAGCAGCAGCAACAGCAGCAGCAAGCGGAGGAGGAGGAGCCCGCUGCCGAAGAGAACGCUUGUCGAGGUAUCGAUUCUGCCGAAAAGUCUGACCAUCUCGGCGAUGAUGCAAGUACCGAGGCCCCGGCACCCGAAAUUGUUAGCGACGGUGACCCGAGGGAGACCACCGGUGCCGAGACUGAUGCCGCUCCUGACGUCAACGAGGCCAGUACCGGCGACAAGCUUGACGCACCGACGCAGAAUCUUGUCAUUGGCGUCCCGGAUUUUGAGGGAAAGGCUACGGAACCCGAAGCUGUCAGCCAUGUCAGGAUGGAUGGCGUCGGCGUACAGGAUCCUAGUGGACUCAAAUCCGAGAUCGACGUCGAUGCCGAGGAUGAGGCGAGCGGUGGGCUUCGGGGCAAGGCGUUCGGGCCCGAGAUCAGGGUUAACGGGAUCAGCGGAGCCCUCGGAGAUCAUGCUGCCGAGCUUGACACUACGGAUGUGUGCACCGAGCCGGGGGCCCCGGGGACAAACCCCCGUGACAAAUGUGCCGCAGUAGCAACCUGCGCCAACGAGCUCUCGCCGUCCGGACCAGAUACAUCGGGUUCGUCAGCUGAAACCGGCAAAGCGGCCGACGCGGGCUCUUCUGCUGAGACCUCCAGUCUUGCAGAGCCUGCGACGGUCGAAAGGCCGACUCCGGAAGCAGCGCCGCCCUCACCAGCGCCACAAGCCACGAAGGAUCAGCCCGAUUUAUUAGCCCCGAGCCCCGACGUCUCCACACUCUGCAACCUCUCUCCCGUGCCGACCCGCUCCAGCAUCUCCUCCGACGCCGCCUCCUUCUUCGCCAACAGCAGCACCAUACCCGCCUUCCGCAACUCAGUCGACACCAUCCGCCCAUCCACGGACGAGCCCAGGCAGCGCCCCGCCGGUGCCGAGCAGCUCUUGUCGCACGCCGACGGCAGCGACAGCCGGCCCCAGACAGCGGGCUACCUCGGCGUCGGCCUCCGACGCGGGUCCCGUUUCGUCGAGGUCGGGCUGCGUGGCGCGCUGGGAGAUGUCGAGGCUCGGCGGCGAAUGAGUCUGCCGCUGCAGCGGUGUCUCUCGCCGGACGGCGAGGCUCGGGAGAAGUCGCGUCCGAGUGCGCCCGCUUCUGAGGCGGGUGCUGGCGACGGCGGCCGCAGCGGCGACGGGCAGUCGGUGCUGCCUCGAAUGAUAUUGCUGCUUGCGGGAGCUGUGGCGGUCGGGAAGAUCGUGAAGAAGGCUGCCGAGUGAAAGAAGUUGGUCGUGCCUUGGGUUCAUGUUCAUGGAACAUAAGUGUCAGAACUCCCCUCUGUCAUCCCCCCCCCCCUUUCCGGGUCUUUCAGUUUCUCCGGUUUCUUUU